UCAUUCUUUUUUAGACAUCGACGAAUGUUCACAAGCAAACAUGUGUCACGCUGACGCAACAUGUACUAAUACACCAGGAUCAUACCUAUGUACUUGCAACACUGGUUACACAGGCAAUGGAACGUAUUGCGUAGGUAAGUAAAGAACAAUAAAAUAAGUGAAUGAAAAUAUUAAACGGGAAAUGGGAAAAAUAAAUGAGAAAAGUUAGAUUGCAGUCGACGAGGUAUGAGCAAGAUUACAUUAAUGCAAAAUUAUCAACGACUUUGGUGCACCAAAUUUGAAAGAGUUGUUGAUGAGAAGGAAUUCUUUAGAAACUAAUUGUGACUCAGAAAUUCUCACACUGAUCUGGCCCUUCCUACACCGAGACGCAAGUUUCUUGAAAAAGCUUUAAGUACAGUGGUGGUAAACUUUGGAAUAGUGUUCCGCCCGCAGCUAAGGAGGCGCAAUCAAUUUACUCUUUCAAAAACUUUGUAAAUUAAUUUCAUGGUUAUAUAGAAAGAACUAUAAAUCUUAAUAUACCACCAAGUCACACCAAUUUAUUUCAAUAUUUUUAAAAUCUCUUGUAAAAAGCUAUAUAACUUUGUAACUCACUUUUCCUUGUGCUAGUGACACCCCUUGUGGAAAUGAACUAUUGCUCUUGACAAGGCUAGCGUCAUUAUAUAAAGCUUUACAUACAUACAUACAUACGCACAUUCAUACGCAGAUACACACAUAAUGUUGCAAUAACUACACAUAGGCCUACAAGUAACUAUAACCAAGAGUUUCGGUUGGCGAGCACAUUACGUCUUGGUUAAGCUUGCUUCCAUAGGCCAAGGGCAGAUAUUCGACGAGCCAGGGGCGCGAAGCGCCUUUUUAGUGGAAGCCUAGGAUGAGUGUAGUAAUUUCCGAUCGACAAUUUACACUCCUGCACUUAAGCUUUUAUUUUAUAUCUAUGUUGCUGUUUUUCAGUAUAUCUUGCGAAUUUCAAUUUCGUAAAAUAGUUUACACAUGUAAAAAAAAAUUUCGAUUUCUUACUCUCUGUAACUAAUUUGGACAAAGGUUACUGCCACAAGGUAAUAUCAAUUCCUAAAUUACUAAUGAUUUAGCCCUUUCCUAAUUACUUGAUAUAUUUGAAUAUUGUUGGGUAAAGUUCAUUGUUUUUUUUUUCAUUAUUUUCCCAGAGACGCUUAACCCACAAAUAUGUUGGGGCAUUUUCCGUUUGGCAGUGAGGAAAGUCUUCUUAAUUUCUGAUCAUGCUUAUUGUUUUGGAAAAUUGAAUUCAUUCUUUUUCAGACAUUGACGAAUGUUCACAAGCAAACAUGUGUCACGCUGACGCAACAUGUACUAAUACACCAGGAUCAUACCUAUGUACUUGCAACACUGGUUACACAGGCAAUGGAACGUAUUGCGUAGGUCAGUAAAGAACAACAAAAUAAAUUAAUGUAAAUAUUAAACGGGAAAUGGGAAAAUUAAAUUCGAAAACUUAGAUUCCAGACGACGAGGUAUGGGCAAGGUUAGAUUAUUAUAUAAAAUUCUCAACGACUUUGGUGCACCAAAUUUGAGAGAGUUAUUGAUGAGGAGGAAUUCUUUAGAAACGAAUUGUGACUCAGAAAUUCUCACACUGAUCUGGCUCUUCCUAAACCGAGACGCAAGUUUCUUGAAAAAGCAUUAAGUACAGUGGCGCUAAAUUUUGGAAUAGUCUUCCGCCCAUAGCUAAGGAAGCGCAAUCAAUUUACUCUUUCAAAAGCUUUGUAAAUUAAGUUAGAUAGAAACAACUGUAAUUCUUAAUAUACCACCGAAUCACACCAAUUUAAUUGAAUAAUUUUUAAAAAUAUCUUGUAAAAAGCUAUAUAUAUCUUAUUUUGUAACUAACGUUUACUUGUGCUAGUGACACCCCUUGUGGAAAUGAACUAUUGCUCUUAACAAGGCUAACGUCAUUAUAUAAAACUUUACAUACAUACAUACAUACAUACAUACAUACAUACAUACAUACAUACAUACAUACAUACAUACAUACAUACAUACAUACAUACAUACAUACAUACAUACAUACGCACAUACACACAUACAUACAUACAUACAUACAUACAUACAUACAUACAUACAUACAUACAUACAUACAUACAUACAUACAUACAUACAUACAUACAUACAUACAUACAUACAUACAUACAUACAUACAUACAUACGCACAUACACACAUCAUGUUGUAAUAACUACACAUACAAGUACCAAUAUAACCAAGAGUGUCGAUUGGCGAGCACCUUUAAUACGGCUUGGUUAAGCCUGCUUCUAUACGUCAAGGGAAGAUUUUCGACGAGCCAGGGGCGCGAAGCGCCUUUUUAGUGGGAGCCUAGGACGAGUGUAGUGAACCCGCUCUACAAUUUACACUCCUGUACUUAAGCUUUUGUUUCAUAUAUAUGUUGCUGUUUUUCAGUAUAUCUUGCGAAUUUCAAUUUCGUAAAAUAGUUUACAGAUGUAAAAAACAUCUUUUCGAUUUGUUACUCUCUGUAACCGAUUUGGACAAAGGUUACUGCCACAAGGCAAUAUCAAUUCCUGAAUUACCAAUGAUUUAGCCCUUUCCUAAUUACUUCAUAUAUUUGAAUAUGUUGGGGGUAAAGUUCAUUGUUUUUUUCAUUAUUUUCUCAGAGACGCUUAACCCACAAAUAUGUUGGUGCAUUUUCCGUCUGGCAGUGAGGAAAGUCCUCUUAAUUUCUGCUCAUGCUUAUUGUUUUGGAAAAUUGAAUUCAUUCUUUUUUAGACAUCGACGAAUGUUCACAAGCAAACAUGUGUCACGCUGACGCAACAUGUACUAAUACACCAGGAUCAUACCUAUGCACUUGCAACACUGGUUACACAGGCAAUGGAACGUAUUGCGUAGGUCAGUAAAGAACAAUAAAAUAAAUGAAUAAAAAUAUUAAAGGGGAAAUGGGAAAAUUAAAUGGGAAAGCUUAGAUUCCAGGCGACUAUUUAUCAUCAAGGUUACAUUCUUAUAUAACGAGUUUGGUGCACCAAAUUUGAAAGAGUUAUUGAUGAGGAGGAAUUCUUUAGAAACUAAUUAUGACUCAGAAAUUCUGACACUGAUCUGGCCUUUCCUAAACCGAGAUGCAAGUUUCUUUAAAAAGCUUUAAUUACAAUGGCGCUAAACUUUCGAAUAGUCUUCCGCCCACAGCUAAGGAAGCGCAAUCAAUUUACUCUUUCAAAAUCUUUGUAAAUUAAAUUCAUGGGUAGAUAGAAAGAACUAUAUAAGUCUUAAUAUACGACCGAAUCACACCAAUUUAAUUGAAUAUUUUUUAUCUCUUGUAAAACGCUAUAUAUCUUUGUAACUAACUUUUACUUGUGCUAGUGACAGCCCUUGUGGAAAUGAACUAUUGCUCUUGACAAGGCUAGCGUCAUGAUAUAAAGCUUUACAUACAUACAUACAUACAUACAUACAUACAUACAUACAUACAUACAUACAUACGCAUAUACACACAUAAUGUUGUAAUAACUACAUAUACGCCUACAAGUAACUAUAGCCAAGAGUUUCGGUUGGCGAGCACAUUACGUCUUGGUUAAGCCUGCUUCUAUAGGUCAAGGGCAGAUAUUCGACGAGCCAGGGACGCCAAGCGCUUUUUUAGUGGGAGCGUAGGGCGAGUGUAGUAAUUCCGCUCGACAAUUUGCAUUCCUGUACUUAAGCUUUUAUUUUAUAUCUAUGUUGCUGUUUUUCACUAUAUCUUGCGAAUUUCGAUUUCGUAAAAUAUUUUAUAGAUGAAAAACAAACAUCUUUUCGGUUUCUUACUCUCUGUAACCGAUUUGGAGAAAGGUUACUGCCACAAGGCAAUACCAUUUCCGAAAUUACUAAUGAUUUAACCCUUUCCUAAUUACUUGAUAUAUUUGAAUAUGUUGGGUAAAGUUCAUUGUUUUUUUCAUUAUUUUCUCAGAGACGCUUAACCCACAAAUAUGUUGGUGCAUUUUCCGUCUGGCAGUGAGGAAAGUCCUCUUAAUUUCUGAUCAUGCUUAUUGUUUUGGAAAAUUGAAUUCAUUCUUCUUUUUCAGACGUCGACGAAUGUUCACAAGCAAACAUGUGUCACGCUGACGCAACAUGUACUGACACACCAGGAUCAUACCUAUGCACUUGCAACACUGGUUACACAGGCAAUGGAACAUAUUGCGUAG